GCCAACUUGGUGAAAGCAGCGCGCGCCCAAAAGCAAGCAGCGCCCGAAAAGCCGCUCGGCAGGGUUAUCACCCUCUUGUGCGCGCGCGGUGGAGAACGCGGCGGCCCGCCGUUCUUUCCGCGCCUGCAUGUACGUACUACGCGGUACUACGUAGCCGCGUGGCCCACAUUUUUUUCGGCCAGCUGGGCCGGCCCUUCUCUUCUCGUGCAUCUCGUUUCUUUCUUUCUUCGGCGUGUACGGCAGUGGCGAGAAGAUGACGCUCGCAAACUCCUCACCCCGCUAGCCCUCCCCUCCCACCACCCUCUCGUCUUCCACAAGCCGGCAAAGCCUUCCUCGAAGACGACGCCUGCUACGCGCGAAUCGUACCAGAACACACGCACGCCUCCUGUGUGUCUACGGGCUCUUUCUUUCUUGUGCCGUCGACGUUCGUUCCCUGCGGGCCGUCGCGGACGACGCCGAAAGUGACCACGCCGCCGACCGCGGCCCAGUCGACGUCAGCAACGCUCCAGGCACGUCGCCUUCGACUUCCACCGGCUCCACCGCCCCUCUCACCAGCAGCUCCGGGGCAUCAUCAUUCGGUACGAGCACGCAGAACGGGUCCGGUCGCCGCCAGAAACAGCGCGCCGCGGUGUGCGCGGCGCCUGCCUUCUCGUCGUUCCCGCCGUUCCUGGCGUCGUCGCAGUUCUGGACGGACAGCGCGGCUCUUUGUGGCUGCACAUUUCGCUUCCCGGCGUGCGUUUUCGGACUGGUGACGCAGGUGUACGUGCGCCCACCCGUGACGGCACAUUCGGCCGACUUCUUGGCUUACUGCGUGAAACGCACCCGCCCGCUCGACCCACGUGGUCCUUCCGAACUCGCACGACAACGCGGACGAAGCACCCGACGCCACGGACAACGUCGUUCCUGGAAGGGCCAGUGCGAAAAGGCAGCGAUUUCUGUUCCCGACAUCCCCUCCUCGACGUCACAGUUCUUCGCUGGACAGGCUCGGCUACUCUCACUAGAGCAGCGCGUGAGUCUUGCCAAGAGCCGGCUGUGUCGCGCGACAGCUUUCUUACGUGAUACGCCGUGCGGUGCUGUGAAAGUGCGGAGUCAGAAUGGCUUCCGGAAGGAGCCGGCUUCUGUGUCCCAAACUGCGCCACGCCGCCUCGGUGACUUGCGGCGGCGCGACGGCCUCGGCGCGCGACCAUCCGCAGCACCAGCAGCGGAGGUGCGCGUGGUCUACACCGUCGCGAUCGGCGGCGCCCAGCUCGCUGCGACUCAACCAUGCCAUCCAGUGUGCCGAGAAGCUGACGGGCCACAACACCAGCCGCAUCUCGGAGAAGCUGAUGAACAUGGGCGAACUGCACACAUUCCUGGGCACCGUGGCCAAGAUGAUGGGAAGCCAGCACCCCAUCGUGGAUUCCGUGAAGCAGCUGCUGUUCCAGCAGAGCGCCAACAUCCAGACGCGAGGCCUUCUCGUCUCGCUGUUCAUCAAGGCGUGCGGCACGGCCGAGCGCCACGCCGACCCCCCGGAAGUGGUUCUUCGCCGCCAGCAGCUGGUCGUCAACGCCACGGAGGAGUUCCACGCGGCACAGACCAUCCACGCGUCGGCCCGCAACGUGGCCACCACCGAGCGGGACCGCCUCGACCCGCUCGUGUUGGACGACGUGCAGACGGGCAACAAGAUGACCGUGCUCGCCGGGGACUACUUCUUCGCCAAGGCCUUCCAGACCACCACGGACAUUGGCAUUCCCGUGAUGCUGGACGUGUUCGGUAAGGCCGUCGAGGACUACGUGCGGUCGUACUUCGAGAGCGACCUGAACGCAGUGCCUUUCGUGGAUGCCAUGUGGUGGGAGGCCAAGACCCACCUGAAGACUGCCAGUCUGCUGGCUUCCGCCUACAGGGCGGCAGCCAUGGUCGCCGGCCAUCAGAGCGAACUCCAGGACCAGGUCUACCAGCUCGGCAAGCACAUCGCCCUCGCCUUUCAGACCUACCACGAAACCAGGCAAUUCUUGGACACACCAUGCUCGACGGGCUCCAACUACGACGUCACUAGUCUUCCAGUAGUUUUGCAUAUGGAAACGCAUCCUCACAUGCUGGCCCGCCUCAAGGAGUCUGGAAUGAAGAAUCAACAGUUCUCAAAGCUCCAGUCAGAAGUGCUGUCGGGCGACGCGCUGGAGCGGGCGCAGGUCAUGCUGGGAUACUACAUCCAGGAGGCCCGGCUGCUGGCCAGGAGUCUCGGCCCGUCGGACGCCGCCAAGUCGCUUGUCACCAUCGUCGGCAGCCUCAAGGAACUGUGACGACUUGUUCGCCAGCCAAAGCGUUACCCUUGAUGUGUUUCCUUUUAGCUCUGUUUGUUUUUCAGGUGCUGAGCGGAACGGCGAAGCGUGCACGUGCGUCACCUUCGUUUGGGCGGGGCUGACGCCCUGCUCAAAAUUUUUGCGAGCGCUCGUUGUUGAAGUCACACGUCUAAUUUGCGAGUUUCACACGUGUAAGCUGUUUCGCGCAUGCUGCAGUCCACGCGCCCACACAGAAAGUGGCGUGCCGAAGUGGGCAGCCUUGAAGUCGCGUUUUUUGCGGCUUCGGAUAUGCAUGGCGAAUGCGCAAACCAGGCGUUAUUAACGAACGUCUCCACAGGACAGGUGUCGAGACGAGUACAUUCCCCUGUUUCCCGCAAGCACCUAAUUGUUUUUGAAUCGCGUGCGAAAUGUGUCCAGGGUAAGACAUGGCGAUCGCCUUAUAGAACGAAGUCACUUUUAUACGGGCUGCUGCAGAGAUAGUAUCUAUGGUAUAUAGUCCCUCCCGAAGCUUUCCACGUCGUCCAGACUUGCACCAACGGCGCUUGGCAGCAUGCGUUCGCUAGCGUUCGCUAGCGCUAGCGUUCGUUAAGAAAGCUCCGUCGGUAGAGAGUACUAGCACAAUGCAAUAUGCCAACCUUACGAUUCCUAAAGGAAGAAAAGUUAACGGAACAACAGCUAAGCACUGCAAUGUCGGCAUUCGCUCAUCUGAAACAAUUCGAUGAAGAUAAGUUUUGGGACGAUCUCUUGGUGUAGACGUCAACUGAAACGGGUCCUUCAACCGUUUCUCUCGACGUCUACACGAACAGCGAGUACUGCAACAACUUGUGCAUGAACAAGGACCGUUGUUCACGCAGCGGGCCUUGAACUAAGUGAAGAAUGACCGUUGUGGCAUAUGAAAACCGACAAAAUAACUUGGGACGUACCGCAUACGCGCCUGGUUGUCGGUGCCCAGUUCCCGAGUUAUUGUUGCAGUUAGCAUAUGUCCCGCGAGUAUGGCUUUGCAACUCUGUCCCGAGACAAUCAAGAAAAAAAAUUCCUGGCCACUCCUUAGCGUCAGCACGCUGCUCUUGCGUGCCGACUUUGCGCGGCCGGCUUUUCGAGCUGGCCACGCGUAUGACGCGUGCCAAUCGCGCGCCAACACCUUGGCACACUAUGCGACACCAAUGUUUUCCACGAUGGCGGUGUUAUGCAAUGCUCAAGUAUGGUACACGUGAGCUUCCAGGUCAAGCAGGUCCCGCUACAGCACGGGUUCAUCACGAGGCUCGCAAUAAACCUACAGGAGACUCCGUGGGGAGGUUUUCUGUAGUUGAGUCAUAACGAAAGCUCGCGAGUUAGCAAUUUUUCAGCACCGCAUGCUUAAUGAAGCAAGCCGCGUGAUCUGCGGCUUUCGAAAUAUCAGACGGGCGCACUGCGCCUACUAUAAAUAAUUUCAUCAUUGUUUUAGCGCCUUUAUGUGAUCAAAACUAUAUAGUUUUUUUAAGACGCAAGUUUUUAUCCAUAUACGUAAGCAGUAUGUGCACACAGCUAAUAUGGUGUUAACGCACGUGCGUGUGUGAUAUAUUUUAUGGAAAAUAAAGUGUCUACGUGCUUCCUGC